AUGGAAGAAUUAGAAAGAGAAUUUGAUAAAAUAAAUUUGAAAAAUGAAGGAGAUGAAGAAGAACAAGAACAAGGAGAACAAGAAGAACAAGAAAAAAUUUCUCAUAGAAGGCUAAGAUAUUUGAAAAUGAAAGAUAAAAAAGAAGAAAAAAAACGUAACAAGCAAAAUACUAAAACUGCUAUUAAUAAUAAAAGUAAGAAUGAUAAUGAAAAUGAAAUUAAAAGAAAUGAUAAUAAUAAUAUUAUAAAAGAAGAUGAAACGAAUUCCAGAAAUGAUGAAAAUCAAAAUACAGCAUAUAAUAACUUAGAUAAAGAUAAAAAGAAAUAUGAACCAGUUAAUGUUGAAUACUGCAAAAUUUGUGGAAUGCCAUAUGAAUAUUGUGAAUAUGGAAAAUUUUAUAAUGAGUGUAAAGAAGAAAAUAAAGAAAAAUAUAAUUAUGAUAUUAUGAAUAAUGAAGCUGAUAAUAAUAAUAAAAAGCAAACAAAAAAAAUCCCCAAAGUUGCCAAUCAAAAAAUAACAAUACAAAAAACAACAAGAGCAAGAAAAAAAGUUGUGACAGUUGUAACGGGAUUGCAUACAUAUGCUAAGUUAGAAAAAAUGGCAAAAAUUUUCUCUAGAUUUUACGCUUGCGGUUCUUCAGUUAUUAAAGGAACGAAUAAUAAUCCAGAUCAAAUAGAUAUACAAGGAGAUGUAGAACAAAAUAUUGCUGAAGUUAUAAUGAAAAAUUGUCCUGAAGUAACUGAAGAUAAAUUUGUUUUUUUACCACCAAAAUAA